AAACGCUUUUCUGUGGUCCAGUCUUAGAGGGUCUUAAAUUUUCGGCGAUGGGCAUCCGAGGUGGGUGGCCUGGGCUUUUGCUGCCGCCGCCGCAACCAACGACCUACCUUUGGGGUCCUGUGUAAGGUCCGGCCGGUCCGGACCUCCGGGUGCAGUGGGAUGGACCGGCUGCGGGACCAGGUCCGCUGCAGUCGGCAGGAGUAUGGGGCGGAGUGAUGCACGCUCGCGCGCCCAAUCUCGUUCUGGUUGCCGAGACGUAGCUCCGGACGGCGCGCGGCCAGGGGCUGCUCUCCCGAGCCGGGAGCCCCGUUCCCGGGUUCCAGCUACGCUGCGCAGCCAGCGAGGACGGAGUCGAAAGGUCAGAUCUUACCUGUCAGUGCUGGUGACAGCGUCGCCACGGGAUCUGCAGGAUCUGAACUCGAGCUCGAUUCAGGACUGGGGUGAAGAGGUAGAGGAAGGAGCUGUUUACCAUGUCACCCUCAAAAGAGUCCAGAUUCAACAGGCUGCCAAUAAAGGAGCAAGAUGGCUAGGGGUUGAAGGGGACCAGCUGCCUCCAGGACAUACAGUCAGUCAGUAUGAGACCUGUAAGAUCAGGACAAUAAAAGCUGGCACCUUGGAGAAACUUGUUGAGAACUUGCUCACAGCUUUUGGGGACAAUGACUUUACCUAUAUCAGCAUCUUCCUGUCAACCUACAGAGGCUUUGCUUCCACUAAAGAAGUGCUGGGACUGCUGCUGGACAGAUAUGGAAACCUGGCGGAUCCAAGCUGUGAAGAUGGAAGCCCGAGUUCAUCCGAGUCCAAGACGGUGAUCAGGAACGCCAUCGCAUCAAUCCUGAGGGCCUGGCUUGACCAGUGUGCAGAAGACUUCCGAGAGCCACCUCACUUCCCUUGUUUACAGAAACUGUUGGAUUAUCUCAAAAGGAUGAUGCCAGGCUCUGAUCCAGAAAGAAGGGCACAAAAUCUUCUUGAGCAGUUUCAGAAGCAAGAAGUGGAAACUGACAAUGGGCUUCCCAGCACCAUCUCCUUCAGCCUGGAAGAGGAAGAAGAAACGGAGGGUGGAGGGCCAGCAGAAUUCACCUGCUUCUCGGAAGAUCUUGUGGCAGAGCAGCUGACUUACAUGGAUGCACAACUGUUUAAGAAGGUAGUGCCUCACCACUGCUUGGGCUGCAUUUGGUCUCAAAGAGAUAAGAAGGAAAACAAACAUUUGGCUCCUACAAUCCGUGCUACCAUCUCGCAGUUCAACACCCUCACCAAAUGUGUUGUCAGUACCAUCCUGGGCAACAAAGAACUCAAGACCCAGCAGAGAGCCAAAAUCAUUGAGAAGUGGAUUAACAUUGCUCAUGAAUGUAGAAUCUUGAAGAACUUUUCCUCCUUGAGGGCCAUCGUUUCAGCACUGCAGUCUAAUUCCAUCUAUCGCCUGAAAAAAACAUGGGCUGCCGUCCCAAAGGACCGAAUGCUAAUGUUCGAAGAACUUUCAGAUAUCUUCUCAGACCAUAAUAACCAUCUGACCAGCCGGGAACUACUGAUGAAGGAAGGAACCUCCAAGUUUGCAAACCUGGACAGCAGUGUGAAGGAAAACCAGAAGCGAACCCAGAGGCGGCUGCAGCUCCAGAAGGAUAUGGGUGUGAUGCAGGGAACCGUACCCUACCUGGGCACCUUCCUGACCGAUCUGACCAUGCUGGACACUGCUCUUCAGGACUACAUUGAGGGAGGACUAAUAAACUUUGAAAAAAGGAGAAGGGAAUUCGAAGUGAUUGCUCAGAUAAAGCUCUUACAGUCUGCUUGCAACAGCUAUUGCAUGACCCCGGACCCCAGAUUCAUCCAGUGGUUCCAGCGGCAGCAGCUUCUCACAGAGGAGGAGAGCUAUGCAUUCUCCUGUGAGAUUGAAGCCGCAGCUGAAGCCAGCACCACCUCGCCCAAGCCUCGGAAGAGCAUGGUGAAGAGACUCAGCCUACUGUUUCUGGGGUCUGACAUCAUCACCAGCAGCACUCCCACCAAAGAGCAGCCCAAGUCUACAGCCAGCGGGAGCUCUGGGGAAAGCAUGGACUCUGUCAGCGUGUCGUCCUGCGAGUCGAACCACUCUGAGGUGGAGGAGGGCUCCAUGACCCCCAUGGACACACCUGAUGAGCCUCAGAAAAAGCUCUCUGAGUCCUCCUCAUCAUGUUCCUCUAUCCAUUCCAUGGACACAAAUUCCUCAGGGAUGUCGACCUUACUCAACCCCCUCUCUUCCCCGCCGUCCUGCAACAACAACCCCAAAAUGCACAAGCGCUCUGUCUCUGUGACGUCUAUUACCUCCACAGUGCUGCCCCCCACUUACAACCAACAGAGCGAAGACACCUGUAUCAUCCGCAUCAGCAUAGAAGACAACAAUGGCAACAUGUACAAGAGCAUCCUGUUAACGAGCCAGGAUAAAACCCCUGCCGUGAUCCAGCGAGCAAUGCUGAAGCACAACCUGGAAUCGGACCCCGCCGAGGAGUAUGAGUUGGUGCAAGUCAUCUCGGAGGACAAAGAACUUGUGAUCCCAGACUCAGCAAAUGUCUUUUAUGCCAUGAACAGCCAAGUAAACUUUGAUUUCAUUUUACGCAAAAAGAACUCAGUGGAAGAACCAGUGAAGCUUCGUAGCCGGACCAGCUUGACAUUGCCCAGGACGGCUAAACGGGCUUGCUGGAGUAACAGGCACAGCAAGAUCACCCUUUGAACAGGGGCACCAGGGACCCCCUGGCUCGUCCAAAGUAGAAUCAGGCUGAGUACAGGCCUGGCCGUUGCUACUACCAUCCAGUGUUAGCGGGUCGUUGGUGAAGUCAACAGAUAUUUAUUGAGUACCUGUGGUGCACCAAGCACUAUGUGGAAAUGACUUCGACAUGAAGAAGACAAAUGAUUUACUGAUGCUCUUUGACUUUUUUGGGACUGAGAUACAAAAUUAUCCACAUUUUAUAUAUAUGCACACAUAUUUAGUAUAUAUAUACAUAUACACAUAUGUAUACAUUAUGUAUGUAUGUGUAUGUGUAUAUAUAUAUAUAUAUAUAUAUAUAUAUAUAUAUAUAUAUGACAUAUGAGAGACUUUAUGGGAUGUUUGGGACUAUGGAGAAACAAAUUUGCACAAUGGCCUGGGAAGCUGAGGUCACUUUUUACAGGGAAAUAGAAGGAACCAAGAACCUAGCCUUACACUUUCCAAACAAGUAGAGUCAAUCCCAGGAGUACAGAGUGUCCUUUGUGUCAGUAUUACAAGAAAUCCAAGCUUUAUUUUUCUAAAGGGAGAGGAUUACUUUCUCAAUCAAGUGCCACCACAUAAAACAACUGCAGAGGUUGGAACUGCCACAAGCUGAAUGAAAGACCACUUUGGGAAGGGUUUGGAUGAGUCGGUGGCCUCCGACCUCUGCCUGCAUCAGUCAAUUUCUGCUCUCGGGUAGAGCCGGGAAAAGCUCCAGAGGCCCAUGCAACAUCUCUGGAAUCAACGCAAGCCCGUUUGAUUUCUGGCAACCCUGUCGUUUCUGUUUUAUCUCCUAAAGAACAUAUCACCAUAAUCACUGUUGCACAAAAGCCAUGCUCUGUGGUAACUUAUCAGCCAGAAAAGAAAACACAAAAGAACGAUAAUGAUGAUUCAUUUGGACUCUUAUCUGUCUUGAAUGCCACUACUUCAUUGCCUUUUCUGAUUUGCCUUUUGCAUGUAAAUCUGUACGUCUGGAGUCUUUCGCCAUCUGGAUCCUAGUACCUCUAUAUUAUGUGCAAUUUGUUCCUCAGGUGUAGAAAUUUCUACUGCGAUUGACUACAUUUGAUCAGUUUGAGCCUGUGAAAGAUUUCUGAAUAGUGAUUACCCCGUUACUUGCCCUGCAGAAGACAUUCCCUGCUGAUAACAAUACCUGCUUUACUUACUUUAACAGUGUUCCUGUGCCUGGUAGUGGGGAGAGAAACAGGAGGGCAUACUUUAUCUCAAUCCUUUCUCAAAGAGGUACAUUCUUUCAGAGGGGGUCAGUAGCACUCUUUUUUAGAUGACCACGUGUGCUUUCCACAGAUCAGUGACAUUUCUGUCUCUAGUAACACAUCGUACUCUCCUUCCACUUCCGAGCUACGCUGGGGUUCGAACUAAAAAGCCAUAUGCGGGAAGCUGAUGUGUAUAAGAAGCACUUUCAAAUUGUAAUUCCUUUUUAAGAAAAGAAAUCCCCAAAUAGCAGUUUUUAUUCCAAAAAUAAAGAAUGAACCCAGAAAAAAGUGAAGAUGGUAACAUGGAGCUUUUUACCCUUGAUCUUGUAAUACGGCUCCCAAAGGUUGUGUGGCAAUUGUGUUACAUACAUAGCCAUAUGAAUUCUGCCAGAAACACCAGGAAGUGUAUAGCAGUUUGUGGUGAUGGACCAAAGAAUGAGCCAGGAAGGCCUCAGGUUUCCUUGGUCUUUUUAGGAGAUCAGACUGUGCAUUGUGUAGAAUUUCAACUAGUCGAAAAGCACUUUCUUCUGUUUGUGAGACUUUUGAUUUAUGCUUCUGUGCAUGGAGAAGAGAUGUCCAGGGUCUCAGCCAUCAUGAAGAUUGAAGGAAUGUAGCCCCAGGCUGACUUUCUUGAUGGGAAGGUCACAAAAUGUAAAACUAUCAGUCUCAUUAAGGGUGUGUCUACCAAGGCAUACCUGUUGUGCUCAUGCGCUCGCCCUGUGUAUUUAUACUGUACAUGUAGAGCCUAGAUUUAUAUACUGCAAUGUAAAAAUAUAUAUACCUUUUUUUAAAAAAGACAAUGGAAAUUCCAAGUAGAUAAAAUAUGGCCUCAUUUAUUUAAUGCCACUUGUCUUAGAUUUGCUCCGUGGUGGACAGCUGCUUGCAUGCUGUGUGUCUGCAUCCCCAUCGUCUGUUUACCCUUCGGUUAAACUAAUAAACUGGUAUGGGACGUGGCCGGCAUGUGCUGCCGGACCCAAAGGGA